GUAGAGCAGCGGUACUGCGUCGAGUGUGACAUGACCUUCAAGAGGAUUGCCAUAUGUAAAAAGCACUUUGUUGACAAACAUUCGGGCGUGCCUAAAACUAUGUAUCCGUGCGAACAUUGCGGGAAAGUGAUGGCCAACAAAAUUACUUACCAAAACCAUGUAAGCCUCUUCCAUAAAGGCAAGACUGACUACUGCUGCCACAUUUGCGGCAAGUAUUUGUCGAAGGCGCAUGCGCUGAAAAAACACUUGGAUAUGCACAACAAUGUAAAACCUCCGAAGACCAAGAAGUGCAACAUAUGCGGACGCUUGUUUAUGAGCAAUAUAAGUCUACGUUACCAUAUGUACACCCACACGGGCGAGCGUCCGUUCCGAUGUCCGCACUGCGAAACAGCUUUCUCACAGCCGCACUGCCUUCGUACGCAUUUCAUGAAACAGCACAACAUUGAUGCCAGGGUGAAAUCUGACGGGACGAUUACUGAAAUAACUGGGACGGAAUAAGUUACUGUCGAUAUAUUAGUUUUUGAAAACAGUUAUUGCCGACUGUACUUAGUACCAGAUUAUUGUAUUGCGUACAUGUUUGCGAAAUGUCGUUUUCAACAUUCGUACCACCCCACAUGGGCGUAGCCACGGUGGGGCAAGGUGGGGCACUUGCCCCACCCUGAUCUCUGACCGCUUCUGGUCUCUGACCAGAAUCUAAGAAUUUUUAGGCACAAUUAAUGUAAUAACAAAAUUAAAUAUUAAUUUUGGUAAUUUAAAAAUUACUCCGCGAAUCGAGCGCGCAUGCACAGAGAUCGUGUCUGUAGUUAUUUGCAAUUUCCGAACGAAGUUAAGGCCAGUCCAGUCCAGACGGGAGCAAUUUUUCGCCAAUCUGAUCAAAUCAGGUGCUGCAGACGCAAACGCCAAUAUGGCUCGCCGAUUUCGACCACCAAUUAUGACCGAUAUUACUGAAAUUUGUUCAAUUUAGAGCGCUCCAAUAUUUAUAAAAUAAAAAAUAUUUAAAUAAUUAAAAAAUGCCCCCUAACGCGAAUAUUAGCGUCACAAAUUGGUAUUCCUGCGUCCGCACCCCAUUUUUAACCGACUUCAAGAUUUCAAAAGGAGGAGGUUCUCAAUUCGGUUGUUUUUAUUUUAUUUUAUUGUUUGUUACUCCAUAACUCCGUCAUUUCUGGACCGAUUAUGAAAAUCCUUUUUUUGAUUGUAAGUAUAUACUUACAUACAGAUUGGUCCCGUUUGGCGAUUUGUCCUCUUCGUUAUGUUUGUUAAGCAAGUUAGGUUUUCAAGACGCAUUUUUGUCAAGCUCGAGUUCUGAUGAUGGGAUCCAUGAGGAAUCGAGGGAACUCGUCAAAUGUGAAAGGCAUACAUAUAGUGAUUUUUGUAUUUUCAUCAACAAAUCCAGCAUUUCCAUUUAAAAAAGUGACAUUUGAUGAAGUGGAGCUGCUGAUGAUGAUCAGAAAUAUCAGAAUGGAACUCUUUAAUGACGCAUAGUUCACGUUUGGCGAUUUGUCUUCUUUUUUAUGUUUGUUAAGCAAGUUAAGUUUUAAAGAGACAUUUUCGUCAAGCUCGAGUUCUGAUGAUGGGAUCCAUAAGGAACCGAGGGAACUCCUCAAAUGUGAAAGGCAUACAUAUAGUGAUUUUUGUAUUUUCAUCAACAAAUCCAGCAUUUACAUAAAAAAGUGACAUUUGAUGAAGUGGAACUUUUUUGAACUGCGAUCCUCGCAGAACCGAACUGCUGUCAGAAAAGUGGGUUAGGUUAGGUUAGAACUGUGACCCUUACAGAAACGAAAUGCUAUCAGAAUAUUGGGUUAGGUUAAGUUAGAACUGUGACCCUUACCGAAACGAAAUGCUACUAGAAAAGUGGGUGGUUUUACCUUCUUUUAGUUAGGCAAACGAUGCUGUCUUUUUCAUUUCAUUGUCUGGAGUGCACCAUCAACAAUAAAAUAAAUCUUUCAACGGCAUCCCCCAUUGAAGUCGGUUUUUUUUUCUUAACAAUUAUUUAUCGGUAAUAUCGGUCAUAAUCGGCGAGCCAAAUUGGCGUUUGCGUCCUUACUGCCUGAUUUGAUCGGACAAUUUAAUCAGAUUGGCGAAAAAUUGUUUCCGUCUGGACAGGCCUUAAGAUAGUUUAUUUACAGACUUUUUUUCUUCCUUGUUAGUACCUAUUAAUUAUUAAAUUUACCCUAGUCUUGUGCUAUUCUCACAACUACAAGGUACAAGGUAGUAAGGAAAAUAUUAUUUCUGUUACUACUGCACU